AUGGCCAGCACCAUAGCGUCCGAGGACGCCCGCUAUCGGCAGUCCUCGCAGUACGAGCUGUGGUCCUUCUCCCCGUCGCAACUGGCUUCCAUGCGCGAGAAGACAAAUGCCGCCGCCCGUGCAAGGAUCACAGAGCGCCUGCUAUCUAUGCCCAAUCCAUCUAAUACUGCAUCAGCACCAACGUCUAGCGCCAACACUCCCGACCCAGAUGGUGUUUCUACGCCAACGCUUCCAGAGUUCCUCACCCCAGCAGAGGAGCUCUUGCUCGUUACCUUUUACACAGCCGAGUUGCUGCGUGCAGGCGAUCAUGCCGACAUGUCAGAUGAAAUUAAGGCUACGGCAGCCACUUUUUUCAAAAGAUUUUACAUCACGAACAGCAUCAUGACAUACCCACCACAAGAGAUGCUGUUGGUUGCUUUAUUCUUUGGAUGCAAGGCAGAGGGAGCAUUUCCAAGCAUUUCUGACUUUGCGAAGACUUUUGGCCGAGAGCGCCCCGAGGAAAUUCUUGCUGGAGAGUUUCUUCUGUGUCAGGGUAUCAGGUUCGCGCUCGACGUGAAGCAUCCCUUUCGUGCUCUUAGAGGCGCCAUUAUGGAGCUGAGCACAUUACCAGACGUUGAGCCGGCCCGCUUAGUGGCAGCCGAGCAGCGUGCCCGCGAGAUCCUCCGCUUCAGCCCCUUAAUCACUGAUGCCUACUUCCACUUUACUCCAAGUCAGAUCAUGCUCGCAGCUCUCUCCCUCGCAGACCGUGGUCUUGCCGAGCGCCUGAUUCAAGAUACCUUCCAUUACGUGGCUCCCCAGCCGAGCAGCGGCACAGAUACACCAGCCACAUCGGGUGUUGAGACACCAUCAGGGGCUUCUGCAAGCAUCUCUCUCCAUAAACGAACCGCAUCCCCCUCGAGUGGCUCUUUGGAGGAUAAAGCUGCUGUCAUCGGAUCACACGUCCGCGACAAAGUACUUGGCACCAUUGAGGCAUGUCGGGACAUGCUGUCGAAAGAACUACCUGAAAGGCGAGAACAUUGGAAUAAUAAAACUGUUUACAAAGCUCAAAUCCAACCAAUCCGGAAAAAGCUCAAUAAGUGCCGCGAUCCUGACCGCUGGAACCUUGUCGAAUUGCAGCGGAUCCGUCGCGAACAGGCAAGCAGAAAAGGUUUCGAUUCUGAUGACGAAGGGGAAGGCCGGACAAAAGGCGGAUCCCUCGAAGACGAUGCCGCCGUCUUCGGAGUGCCAAAAAAGAAAAAACAAUUAGAGGAUCCGUUUGGACCUCCUCUUGCUGGCUGA